AAGACGUGCAGGUGUGUAGCUUAAUUGUAUUGUGUAAAUUGUCCCUAGUGUGUAGGAUGGAACUAGUACGGGUGACCAGUGGUUGGCGUGGACUCGUUGAGCCGAAGGGCCUGUUUCCACGAUGUAUCUCUAAAAUAGACUAAACUAAAUCACUUGCUAGGCUCUGCGCCAUUCCACCUCUCUCUUCCAGCCAGCGGGCGUAACUGAAUGGUGAGAGGGGCAACAUUUAAAGGUGACGCGCGGGCCAAAUGUUUUACACAGCGGGUGGUGGGUACCUGGAAUCUGCUGCUAGCUUUGGUGGAGACAGAUGUGACAGUGGUGUGUUGGAUGUGCACAUGGAUAUGUAGGGAUAUGGGUAACGUGUAGGCGGAGAAGCUUAGUUGAACUUGGCCUCAUGUUCAGCAUGAAUACAUAGACAGUUCUUGUGCUGUACUGCUAUAUGUUCUAAAUGUGAUAUGUUUAUGGCGGCACAGUGGUAGAGGUGCUGCCUUACAGCGCUUGCAGCGCCACAGACCCGGGUCCGAUCCCGACUACGGGUGCUGUCUGUACGGAGUUUGUACGUUCUUCCCGUGACCGCGUGGGUUUUCUCCGAGAUCUUCGGUUUCCUCCCACACAACAAAGAUGUACAGGUUUGUAGGUUAAUUGGCUUCGUGUAUGUGUAAAAUUAUUCCUAGUGUGUGCAGGAUAGUGUUAAUGUGCGGGGAUCGCUGGUCAACGCGGACUCGAUGGGCUGAAGGGCCUGUUUCAGCGCCACAUCUCCAAACUGAACUAAACUGAAGAGAAAACAGGUAAUGUUUCAGAUCUGCGGCCUGUGUUCAGAACUGAGCAAAAAGAAAGCGGCAUCUUGUAACAUUUCCCACUUUUAUUUUAAAUAAUAAUAAUAAUAAUAAUACAUUUUAUUUUUGGGCGCCUUUCAAAAAUCCCAAGGACACCUUACAGAGAUUAACAAGAAUAAGAAAACAUAUAAUCGGAAUAAAAUAAAUAAUAAAGACAGCACAAAAACACAAAUUAAAAACAGAAUUCAAUCCAAAGACAAAAAAAUCAAAAACACAAUGUGAAGAGAGAGCAGCGGCAGCUAAAGCGCGCCAACGUCCACUCUCCCUUCCGACAGCCAUCUUGGAUAUCCAGCAUUUGCAGUUUAUUUUUACAUUUUCAUUUACUGUGCAUGAAUGUAUAUUGACCAACCACUGAAUUUGUCAAAAUGUUUGAUUGGCAAAUCGCGUGGAUUCACCAUCCAGACUUUUUUCUCCUCUUCAGUCCCAGUCAAACUGAAGCUGAAUCCGGACACUGCGCAUCCGAGACUCAUCCUGUCCAGUGACCUGACAUCCAUCAGGCUUGGUGCUAAACAGAAGGUGCCUGACAAACCAGAGCGAUUUGUACAGUGGCACGGUGUCCUGGCAUCUCAGGGCUUCAAUACUGGGAGCCAGUACUGGGAGGUCGAGGUCGGAAGGAACACCAUGUGGAGUGUGGGAGUGGUAAAAGCAUCGGUAUUGAGGAAAGCGGAGUUCGCACCGGAACCAAAAUCCGGUGCCUGGGUAUUGUGGCGUCUGGGAGAGGUAUAUACCACUAUGUCUUCACCACGUACUGCCCUUCCUGUUCCAGUCAAACCCCAGAGAUUGGGCAUCUACCUGAACUAUGAGGCUGGCCAGGUGACACUGUACAAUGCUGAUGACAUGUCACAUCUGUACACAUUCAGCGACAAAUUCACUGAGAAACUCUAUCCUUUCUUCUUAACGGGUUGCAACAUUGAUUCAUUGCAAAUACUCCACUUGCAUAUAUAGGUUUAUUUGGUGAACGUGGGGCCAGCCUUUAUAGGGAGACAUUUGAAACGUCCCUACUUCCAAGAGUUAUCAAUGUUAAACACUGCUAAGAGUCCAACACUGUCUCUAUCUGUAAGCUGCU